UCAAAACUCUUGCGGGGGAUUUGCAACACGCAAAUUGCGAGUUUACCUUGGACGUGCCGGGAUCGUAGUCGGUUUCGUAGCGCCGCGGACUUUUUGCUGAUUCUAAGCCGCUGAUAAGACUGAACUAGCCGCCGAGAAAGCGUGCCUGCCUUCUAACUACCUCAUUUACACGCGUUCCUACGUAAAAGUCCUGAAAAUGGUUCGCCAGCUCUCCCGCCUCGGCUACCUGGAGCCGCACCGGACCCUCUUCCUGCUCUGCGACAUCCAAGAGAAAUUCCGGCCGGCGAUGAAGUACUUCGAGCCAAUGGUCAAGAACACCAACAAAUUGUUGAACGCCGGCAAAACCCUGAAGAUCCCGCUGAUCGCGACCGAGCAGUACCCGGAGAAGCUGGGCCGACUCGUCAAGGAGCUGGACGUGAGCCAUGCCUGCGGAGUGUUCCCGAAGACGCAGUUCAGCAUGGCCUUGCCGGAGAUCAUGUCGAAGAUCAACGAAAUGGGCAAGCUCGAGAGCAUCGUGCUCUUUGGCCUCGAGACCCACGUUUGCGUCGAACAAACGGCCGCCGACUUUGUCUCACACGGUUUCAACGUUCACGUCGUAGCUGACUGCUGCGCAUCACGAUUGAUUGAGGAUCGAAAUUUGGCUUUCGAUCGUCUACGUAAAAUCGGUUGCUACAUCACUACCAGCGAGACGGUUAUCUUCAAGCUUCUAAGGGAUAAAAAUCACCCAGCAUUCAACGAAAUUCGCAAGUUGGUCUCCGAACCCUCAGCCGACGUAGGUCUGUUGGCAAAGUUGUAAGCUCGCUUGCUGGCUGGAAGUGAAAGUCAAGAUUGAGUGAUCCGCUUGGGUUAGUGACGGUUUCAAAUUUACUGUGAAAUUUACUAUUUCUUUUAUCCACGUAAGAGAAAGUGUUCGUUAAAAAGUUAUGUCCAACCACUAAAUUAUGUAUGGAGCAAUCUUUUAAUGGAAGAAAUUAUAUGAAAAUGUGCCAAUGCAUGUAAUUCUAUUCACAUAAAUAUUUUUAGUUAGGAUAGAGAUUUUUUUAGGUUCUAUUUUGUCAACCAAACGUGUUGGGAGAUUGUUUUGGAGGAGUGGAAGGAAUAAUGUAGCCACUUCCUGCCAGGAUGGUCUCUUAUCUCUGCUAUCUAUUUGUGAUAGAAUUGUUUCAUGUUAUCGCUUACUGUGGUCUAUUUUAACUUUCGACGAUUUCUUUAGCACGAUAUGAAUAUAUGUAUACAAAUAUAUAGCCAUUGUAAUUCAUG